CGCCCGCACUGACGCCGCCGCCCACACCCGCGCCCGCCGCCAUGCCGCCCCUCGCCCCCGCGCUCCGCCGGAAGGUGGACGAGCUCUUCCUGCGCUGGCUCAGCGACCCCGACACCCAGCGCGCGCUGCACGACGGGCUGCGCCGCAUCCGGGACGCCGCCCCCCAUGACGUCACCGCAGACGCCGCCAGGGCCGCGGGGCACGCCGGGAGACGCCGGGACACGCCCCCGGCCCCAGCCACGCCCCCGGCCACGCCCCCGAUCCCGGCCACGCCCCCGCCUGGGGACGGAACCUGCGCGCCGCCCCUCGGACCCGCCCACCGCGGGAAGGCCCCGCCCCCCGCCGUCCCCGCCUCCCUCUUCCCCCGGCCCCGCCCCCCACCCGACGCCGACUCCGCCCCCCCCGCCGACGUGGCGGCCGCCGUGGCCCGCGUGGAGCGCGCGUUCGCCCGGUGCCCCGGGGAGAGGGCGGGGCCCGGGGACAUGGCCGCCGUGGCCCAGGUGGGUGUGGCCGGGGGCGGGGCCGGGGGCGGGGGCGGGGCGGGGGCGGGGCAGAGGGCCGGGCCGGGGGACAUGGCCGCCGUGGCCCAGGUGGGUGUGGCCGGGGGCGGGGCCGGGGGCGGGGCCGGGGCCGGGGACAUGGCCGCCGUGGCCCAGGCCUGCGGCUGCCCGCUGUACUGGAAAGGCCCGCUCUUCCACGCCGCGGGCGGCGAGCGCGCGGGCUCCGUGUCCGUCCACGCCUUCGUGGCCAUGUGGAGGAAGGUCCUCCUGACCUGUCACGACGACGCGUCCAAGUUCGUGCAGCUGCUGGGGACGCCGGGGCGCGGCGGGCUGGGGCCCGAGGACUUCGUGCCCUUCCUGCGGGACGUGGUCGACACCCACCCCGGGCUGUCGUUCCUGAAGGAGGCCUCGGAGUUCCACUCGUGCUACAUCACCACGGUCAUCCAGAGGAUCUUCUACACCGUGAACAGGUCGUGGUCGGGGCGGAUCACGUGCGCGGAGCUGCGCCAGAGCCGCUUCCUGCAGGAGGUGGCCCGGCUGGAGGCGGAGCCCGACACCGACCGGCUGACCGCGUUCUUCUCCUACGCGCACUUCUACGUCAUCUACUGCAAGUUCUGGGAGCUCGACGCCAACCACGACCUCAGGAUCGACGCGCGCGACCUGGGGCGCCACGGCGACCACGCCAUCUCCUCCCGGAUGAUCGACAGGAUCUUCUCGGGCGCCGUGACGCGGGCCCGGCGGAGGGACGGGACGAUCGGCUACGCGGACUUCGUGUGGUUCCUGCUGUCGGAGGAGGACAAGACCACGCCCACCAGCAUCGAGUACUGGUUCCGCUGCAUGGACCUGGACGGCGACGGCGUGCUCUCCGCGUCCGAGCUCGCGCACUUCUACGAGGAGCAGGCGCGGCGCCUGGAGGCCCGGGGCGUGGAGCCGCUGCCCUUCCGCGACUGCGUGUGCCAGGUGCUCGACAUGGUGCGGCCGCGCACGCCCGGGCGCAUCACGCUGCGGGACCUGAAGCGCUGCGGCCUGGCGGGCGCCGUGUUCGACGCCUUCUUCAGCGUCCACAAGUUCCUGGAGCGCGAGCAGCGGGAGUGGGCGUGGCCGCCCGCGGAGGCCCCCGGCGACGGCCCCGCCCCCACGCCCUGGGACCGCUACGCGGCCGCGGAGUUCGAGGCCCUGGUGGCCGAGGAGGAGGAGGAGGCGGCGGCCGCGGCGGGGGCGGAGCCCUGGGGGGACGACGACGACAGUGACGGGCCGGACCCCGCCCCCGUGGAGAGGCCGCUGUUCCAGCUGGAGGACGAGGACGACGAUGACCCGCUGUGA